UCGGCUCAGCUGCAGCAGAACAGACGAGAAACCAUGGAGCGCAACAAGACGCGUUGGAGAGACUCACCAAGCGGACGGGAAAAGUGCCAGUUUCUGAUCUGUUUCUAAGUCACUUUUCGGCGGCAGUGGGCAGAUUUCCGUUCACCAGCAGGUGGACACUGAGUUUUUCCAAGCGUGCGUAAAUUGACUGGAGAGGUCUAGGAAAGAAGAUAGUCUUGGAGUGACCGCCGGCUGCCCAAGAACGGGAGGAAAGGAGGAGUACAAAAGCGCCCGAAGGAGGAGACGAGUGCCCGGUGGAUAGAAAUGCUCUCUGCGUUACUUCCCCACACACAUUUGAACAUUUCACGCCGUUUCUGGAAAAUGUCGCCGGUGUGCGCUGCGUAAAACCGCUGACUGCUUUCAUGUCUCAAGCCAUCAGAGAGAACAGUUACUUUCCUGUGAGGAAAGUGUGAGCGGAGCUGUGAUUUCACAGAGAAGGAGGCACCGGGUAAAACUGAGAACGAGUCACUGAACAGUUAGGAACCAUGGUGAAGUUUCAUAACUCGGACCUAUGGAUAGCCUGGAUGGUCAUCUUCUGCAUGGAGGGUUCAAGGUUUGAUCUACACACGGGGAAAGUGUGUGUGCGGGCGCUGGAUGUGACGGUGUCCCAGAGCAGUAUUCAGGUGGCCCGCGGCCAAGCAGCCAUCCUGCCCUGCUCUUUCACCACCAGUGCUGCCCUCAACAACCUCAACAUCAUCUGGAUGGUGAUACCGCUGUCCAACGCCAACCAGCCAGAACAGGUGAUAAUUUACCAGGGUGGCCAGGUGUUCAGCCUCGCCAACCACCUCAACGGUCGUGUGGGCUUCGUGGCCACCAUGCCCAGCACAAGUGCCUCCAUCUUCAUCAACAACACCCAGCUGUCCGACACUGGGACCUACCAGUGCCUGGUCAACAACCUCCCAGACAGAGGGGGGCGCAACAUCGGCGUCAUCGGGCUCACUGUGUUGGUGCCCCCCUCGGUGCCAGCAUGUCGAAUCCAGGGCACACUGGAUGUAGGCAGUGACAUCAUGCUGCUCUGCAGCUCAGAGGAAGGUAUUCCCACGCCAUCCUACUCCUGGGAGAAGCUGGACACACUGCCCAAGCUGCCGCACAACGCCAUGCAAGACCAGAUGCAGGGCACCGUCACGCUGAGAAACAUCAGCACCAGCACCUCAGGACUCUACCAGUGUACCUCCAGCAAUGCUAUUGGCAAGAGCACCUGUCUGCUCAACCUGCAGGUUGUAGCACCACAACCUCAGAGUGUAGGUCUAAUAGCAGGGACCAUUGCUACAGGAGUCCUGGCUGUCAUCAUCUGUUCCCUCUUAGUGGUGGUCACACUCUUCUACUGGAAGAACAAGAACAAAUACGACGAGGAGGAGAUUCCCAAUGAGAUCAGAGAGGAUGACCUUCCUCCUAAGAGAUCAUCAUCAGUGAAGGCUUUCCACGCAGACGCCUCAUCCUCAGAGAACGAUACACUGACAUCUACCAACACAUACAACAGCCGUUACUGGCACAACCCCAAACCCAACUAUGACACCAACUCCUACACUCGCUACAAUGGAGACACACGUCAGACCUUCUCCACUGCUGCCCAUGGCGCACACGGGCACGGACAGGCCCAGAAUGCAGGACACGGCCACAGUACGGUGGUCACAGCACCCGGCUCAGCACCACUGUCCCGCCAUGCGCAGCCCACAACAGCAACAACAACAUCAUUUGCCAAUGGCAGCCACACGCUCCCACCUCCCAAGACUCUGGUGGUCACAACAAACUCUGCCCCAUCCCCUCCCACCAUGGUGCGCAGCAAUGGCUCUGUGAGCCUCAAACCUGUGGUGACGUCCACACAUGGGCAACACACACACUCCUACGCUGUGAGCCAGGCCACACUGGAACGGAUGGGGGCAGUGCCUGUCAUGGUGCCUGCUCAGAGCAGAGCAGGCUCGCUGGUCUGAAAUCUGAUUUGGUAAACUGUUAGCUUUGAAAACAAGACUACCUGAGUGUUUGGUUGUGAUGUUUGAAAUCCAUUGAUGGAAAACAGACUGAAUAUGGGCUGAAGCAGCCCACUGCCCUUUACAGCUGUGUCUUUCUGUAUGUCUCGACCUUUUUAUCUCAAUACAAACUGGGAUUUUACAGUGCAGAGUUCAUUUAAUGCCAACUCCUUGAUGGACAGGACCGUACAUGGAAUUUGAUCAUCCCCUUAUUGGAUGGGCUGUAUUGGUGGAUGCGGGGGGAACUACUUUUCAACCACUUGGAUGGUUUCACAAGUGAAUUCUCCUGCAGAACCUGGAUUCCCAGAUCUUAUUCAGGGCUGGAUCGUUGUGAUGAUUGUGUUUUUUGGACUCAAAGCAACACAAGGCAUUUUCAUCUCAGUGUGUCCACACUGCAUGGUCAGAGAGAGGUGAGCUUGGAUUCCCGCAUAAAUGCAUGUGUUCCCUUCUUUUAGGAUGACAAAUGAUGUCCAUAUUAUUUCUAAUGAUUUCUUCUCACAGUUGUAAUUUUGAUUGGCAGUAAUGAUAGCGAAGAUGAGGAGUAUGCAUUGAAAAAGUGAAUGUUUAAAUGUCUCUUGGAAGAAACAUAAAGGAUGAAAGUAUAAUAAUGAGAUAAUGGAGGUUAAAAUGGCCUUAGAAGCUUAGAGAGAAGGGUUUAUUGCAAUACAUCACAUAGUAUACUUUACUUCAUUGAAUGCAUACAUUUUCAUUUUUUUUUGCACUUUUCAGAGCAAUUUUAUAUCAAACUGUCUUAUGAAGAAUAACUGAGUCUUACUAAUAAAAUGCUUACCCAUACAACAUAAAUCAAAACUUCUGUGCACAUGCAAAACACUGGUGAUAUUUAAAGAUAGUACAAGUGCUGGAUUUUCAGAGAAAAACUGCACACUACUGCCCCCUGAUUUAAACUUGAACCUGCAGAUGGAUAUUGUCAUAGUCUUUGCUGUGUUCAUCUUUGCUGUCGUCCUAAUCCGGUUCAUGUCACAUCUGUGCUGCUUUGAGAAGACGUGGAUGAGAGGAUGUCUUAUUUCAUAAAUGCUUUAUAAAGAGACAAAUAUAUAUUUAAAGGUGAUUUUUUUUCCUUUGACAAAGGCUAACACCUACAGUUUUUCUACUGUACAUAAUGUAACUACAACAGUAGGCUAGAUUGUGAAUCAAAGAAAAUACAUUACAUGUCUGACUGAUACAUAUUUUACAACUCGUGUCUUAAUUUUAAAAUGGUUCAUUUUGUUACAUUAGACAACAAACUGGGUUUGAUAGACUGUGUUAUUGGUUUCAGUGGUGGGAUUUUUUGAAUUCCUUUUCUAAUGAGCAUCACCAUUUCAUUACCAAGUCUAAGGUAAAUAGAGUUUGGUUUAACACUAAUGACCGUAUGUUUUACUAUAAAUAAGACACCUAUGCUGUACAUGGUAGAGAGUAUCAGUGUUUCUGACCUGCUGUACUUACAUUUUAACCAAAUCACCAGUGGAAAAACAGGCUGAACUGUUAAAGUGUUAUUAUUUGUGUGUCACAUGCAGUAUUGGAAAGAGUGUUUUUUUCUUUUCUUAAAGUUAAUUUCUUUAUAUAUCUAAUUUAUUUUUUUUAAUUAAUGUGCUUUUUGGCAUUUAACAUCUAACUGAGACUUGUCUUUGUUAAUGUUACAAAAAUGUGAUCCAAUAUUAACAAAUUUAAUUUCAUGACUUAUGGUGAAAACAGUUUUUAUUAUAAUUGUUUCAUCCACUGACUGUAGGAACACUUUACGUGGGGAGGACAUUUCUGUCCUCAUACCAUUUCCUAGCAGAUGUUAGAUGCACUCAAAUUCAGAGUUGAGAGAUUUAGCUGUUAAUUUAGAGUGGUAUCAAUUUAUACAGAAAUUCUAGAUAAAAGAAUCAUUAAUAAACCUGACAAAUAGGAAUAAUAGAUACCAGCUAAGGUGUUGUACUUUAAUAACAUUGGUGUCAUCCUGUAGUUCAUAAAUUUAUGGAUUGAGUCCCAAAAAUAAACCUGUUGAGACCAGUUAACACUGGUUCUAUUCCAUCUUAGUUCAUUGUCAGAUGUGUAGGCCUGUAGUUGACACAGACCUGGAUAAUACAGUAAUUUUGACUUUUUUCCCUGGAAGCCAAAAUGGAAAUGGAUGGUAGUUUUAAAUUUUCUUUUCUCUCUUUUUUUCUCUUUAAAUUAUUCACCAUUCUGUUAGUUACUUCAAUAUGUACCAGUUUAGAUCAACCAUAAACAUGUUUCUUCAUCAGAAUAUAUUUGACCCAGGUCUGACCAUAGCUACACACCCACUCACUGUUUUUACAGACAUAUUUAUCAUUUGUUUCUCUUUUUCUUUUGUCAAGGCUGUCUACUGUGUUGCAGAGCUACGGUGCUUUGGCUAAGUCUGUCUGCGAGACAUACAUACUCACACACUGAUUUAUAAAUGCAGAGAGGCUGAAGGAAGUCAAAAGAUAAAACAUCAGUCAUUAUCUUCCUGUCUUUCUUUCAGAUUAAAGUCUUCUGUCUGUGUAGAUUUCUCUCACCAUCUCUCCCAGUGUCUCUGCCCUGAACACUGGCUGAUGACUUUAAAGAAUAACUUUUCUUCUAAGAUUUCUGGCUUUAUUUAUUCCAGACAGAGAGAAUGACAAGCUGGAAAAGCUCAGCUGAGAUUAUUUUAUGCUAACUCUACUCUCUAUUUGCAAUGGAGGAAAGAAAGCACAAUCAGUAGAAAUCUACUGAGGUUGUAACCCAGAUUAAAUAAACAUCUCAUCUUCUACCCUGGCCAUAGGUUGGCAUAUGGUACACAAGGUGGUAUAUGGGUUGUAUAUAUAGAUAAAUAAUGACCUGUGGUAUAUUGCCAAUAGUAAAAAAAAACAAAACAAUAAACCUGUAAAUAUGUGUAAAAUACAUCUUGUUCUUACUGUUGGGUUGAAAUGAAAUAGGAACAAUAACACUGGAACUUGUAGUGAAUAAAUAUUGUUAAUACAUUCUA